AUGUUCCUUAAGCCAAUUAAUGCAAUCAUCAUCACCAGCAGCUCUCUCCUACUUGUCUCCUUCUCCACAAUAUUCAUAGUUUCUCUGAUCUCCUCUCUCUGCUGCAUUCCUUACCUCUCUGCUGCUCCCUCCACAGACACCUUCGUCUUCGGAGGCUGCACGCAGGAGAAGUACGCCCCCAAUUCCCCCUACGAGUCCAACAUCAACUCCCUCCUCACCUCCCUCGUUAACUCAGCCACUUACUCCUCCUACAACAACUACACCGUUAUGGGCUCCAGCCCCCAAGACGUUAUCUACGGCCUCUACCAAUGCCGCGGCGACCUCUCCAUGCCCGACUGCGCCACCUGCGUCGCCCGUGCAGUCAGCCAAGUCGGCAGCUUCUGCCCCUACAACUCCGGCGGUGCCCUUCAGCUGCAGGGCUGCUACAUCAAGUACGACAACACCAGCUUUCUCGGCGUCGAGGACAAGACGGUGGUGCUCAAGAAAUGCGGUCCGUCUGUUGGGUACGACUCGGAUGGAAUGAGCCGGAGGGAUUCGGUUUUGGCUGCUUUGGUUGGCUCCGGUGGACCUUACAGGGUGGGAGGCUCCGGGGACGUGCAGGGUUUGGCCCAGUGCGUCGGGGAUCUGAGCUUCACAGAGUGUCAGGACUGUGUGACGGAGGCAAUCGGACGGGUCAAGAGUGAGUGCGGCGGCGCCGUUUACGGUGAUAUGUUCUUGGCCAAGUGUUACGCCAGGUACUCAACUGCCGGUGCUCAUUUCUACUCCAAGAUGCAUCAUGAUAAAUCUUACAGUGAGGGAGAGAAGACAUUUGCAAUUAUCAUUGGAUUAUUAGCAGGAGUUGCUCUGCUCAUCAUCUUUCUUACUUUCGUAAGGAAGGUGUUUGGGGGAAAUGGUAAAUAAAUUAUGAGUUUGAAUUGCUGCAAAUUAAAGUUGUUGGGUUGGUGAUUUCUUCUUGUGGUUGCUUCCCUUUCUUUUUUCCUUCUUCG